AUGUCAGAUAACGAAAACAACGCCGGCUCACCUAUCGAUAGAUCCAAGAGACCUCGUUUUGAGGAUGAAGAAUUAGACUCUGAUUAUGAACGUGAUGCUCACGAGGAUCGUCACCCUAAGCGUUUAGCAGUACCUGAUCCAGAAACAAAAGCACCGCAUUUUGUUCCUUCCGCUGAAGAGACAAAAGACAAUGAGAAGCCCUGUAGAAGAAAAAAGUGGGAGGAGCAUAAUUCAGAUGAUGAAGCACACGCUCAAGCAGCAGAAGAGGAAGGAGAAGAAGGAGGCAUCAGGGGAGAACAAGGCGGUACAGCCAACAGUGAAAAUAUUGCCAUUCGCUCUCUUGUAGGCACAAAAGAUGCAGGUGUCAUUAUCGGUCGAGGAGGUAAAAAUGUCAGUGAUAUCCGUGAAUUGUCCAAUGCCCGCGUUACCAUAUCCGAGAUUGUUCCUGGUGCAUUUGAGAGAAUCCUGACUGUCACAGGACCUAUUGUCGCUGUUGCUAAGGCAUACGCUCUAAUAGGCGAGAAAAUUUUACAAGAACACACACAGCAACAAGAAGAAAGCGGUACUGGCGAUAACAAUACAUUAUUGAUCAAACUCCUUGUGCCUGAUAGUAAAAUGGGCACAUUGAUUGGUAAAGGUGGCGUCAUUAUCAAAUCAAUUCAAGAAGAAAGUGGUGCUCGCCUCAAUGCCUCUGAAGAACCUCUUCCACUUUCUACAGAACGCACUGUCUCUAUUCAAGGCACUCCUUAUGCUGUUCAACAAGCAGUUCAACGUAUUGCCAAGAUUCUUAUGGAUCAUAAUCCAGAUCAUCGCCCUAUACCUAAUCUUGUUCAUUACCGACCUAUUCCUAUGCGCAAUGCCAACCAGAACAAUCCUAAUGGAUUUAAUGGCAUGAGACCUAACAAUGCUCACCAUCACCAUCAUCACCCAGGAGCUGCUGCUGCUGCUGCGGCCGCGGCUGCUGCUGCCAUGGGAUACAUGCCAAUGGGUGGGCUACCUAUGAAUGGCAAUCAGUUCUACUAUCCUGGUAGUAACAAUGGAUACGGAAGACAAGAUUAUGGCAUGAACAUGGCUGGUAUGAACAUGACUGGAUUAACUGGCAUGGGCACUUCUCAACAAGCUCAACAGAUCUUUAUUCCCAAUGAAAUGGUGGGUUGCAUUAUUGGUAAAGGAGGUAGCAAAAUCAAUGAGAUCAGACAACUGAGUGGUAGCCAUAUUAAAAUCGCUGAUUCGCAUGGAGACACAAACGAGAGAUUAGUUACGAUUACUGGUACACCUGAAAGUAACCAAAUGGCACUUUAUCUUUUGUAUUCUCGACUCGAAUCUGAAAAGAAUCGCUUAGGCAUGCGUCACAGUUAA